AUGAGAGGUGGUUGUAUCUCCCAAGGGAAGGCGGCCGCGGGGCUCCUCUUCUGUGUCAUGGUUUUCGCAUCUGCCGAGAGACCGGUCUUCACGAAUCAUUUUCUUGUGGAGUUGCACAGAGGGGGAGAGGAAGAAGCUCGCCAAGUUGCAGCAGAGCACGGCUUUGGAGUCCGAAAGCUCCCCUUUGCUGAAGGCCUGUAUCAUUUUUAUCACAAUGGCCUGGCCAAGGCCAAGAGAAGACGCAGCCUACAGCAUCAACAGCAGCUGGAGAGAGACCCCAGGGUAAAGAGGGCCUUGCAGCAGGAAGGAUUCAACCGGAAAAAGCGAGGGUACAGAGACAUCAACGAGAUCGACAUCAACGUGAACGACCCUCUUUUCACAAAGCAAUGGUACCUGAUCAAUACUGGGCAAGCUGAUGGUACUCCCGGUCUCGACUUGAAUGUGGCAGAAGCCUGGGAGCUGGGAUACACAGGGAAAGGUGUUACCAUUGGAAUUAUGGACGAUGGAAUUGACUAUCUCCACCCGGAUCUGGCCUCGAACUACAACGCUGAGGCGAGCUACGACUUCAGCAGCAACGAUCCCUAUCCGUAUCCUAGAUACACAGAUGACUGGUUUAACAGCCACGGGACGAGAUGUGCCGGGGAGGUCUCUGCGGCUGCCAACAAUAACAUCUGCGGGGUCGGCGUGGCCUACGGCUCCAAGGUCGCAGGUAUCCGGAUGCUGGACCAGCCCUUCAUGACAGACAUCAUCGAGGCUUCCUCCAUCAGCCACAUGCCUCAGCUGAUCGACAUCUACAGCGCCAGCUGGGGCCCCACCGACAACGGGAAGACGGUGGACGGGCCCCGGGAGCUCACGCUCCAAGCGAUGGCGGAUGGCGUGAACAAGGGCCGCGGGGGCAAAGGCAGCAUCUACGUGUGGGCCUCGGGCGACGGCGGCAGCUACGAUGACUGCAACUGCGACGGCUACGCCUCGAGCAUGUGGACCAUCUCCAUCAACUCCGCCAUCAACGACGGCAGGACCGCGCUCUACGAUGAGAGCUGCUCCUCCACGCUGGCCUCCACCUUCAGCAACGGGCGCAAGCGGAACCCCGAGGCCGGCGUGGCAACCACAGAUUUAUAUGGCAACUGCACCCUGAGGCAUUCUGGGACAUCUGCGGCUGCUCCCGAAGCAGCUGGAGUGUUCGCACUGGCUUUAGAGGCUAACCUGGGUCUGACCUGGAGAGACAUGCAGCAUCUGACUGUGCUCACCUCCAAGCGGAACCAGCUUCACGACGAGGUCCAUCAGUGGCGGAGGAAUGGGGUCGGCCUGGAGUUUAACCACCUCUUUGGCUAUGGGGUCCUAGACGCGGGUGCCAUGGUGAAAAUGGCCAGAGACUGGAAGACGGUGCCCGAGAGGUUCCACUGCGUGGGCGGCUCCGUGCAGGACCCAGAGAAAAUUCCAACCACUGGCAAGCUGGUGCUGACGCUCACGACCGAUGCAUGCGAGGGGAAGGAAAACUUUGUCCGCUACCUGGAGCAUGUCCAAGCAGUUGUCACGGUCAACGCAACCAGGAGAGGGGACCUGAACAUCAACAUGACGUCCCCCAUGGGCACCAAGUCCAUCCUGCUGAGCCGGCGCCCCCGGGACGACGACGCCAAGGUGGGCUUUGACAAGUGGCCUUUCAUGACCACCCACACUUGGGGGGAGGAUGCCCGGGGCACCUGGACCCUAGAGCUGGGCUUUGUGGGGAGUGCACCCCAGAAGGGGGUGCUGAAGGAGUGGACGCUGAUGCUGCACGGCACGCAGAGUGCCCCCUACAUUGACCAGGUGGUGCGGGAUUACCAGUCCAAGCUGGCCAUGUCCAAGAAGGAGGAGCUGGAGGAAGAGCUGGACGAGGCGGUGCAGAGAAGCCUGAAGAGCAUCCUUGGCAAGGACUAG